AUGCCUCGAGAUCAGAAAUUUUUUUGUAAGUACAAAUGUUUGCAGCCCGGUUGUCGCAAGAUCAUUCGCCAAGAUAAGUGGAGUUUGCAUUGCAGAAAAGAUCAUGCAUGCAAGAGUUUAAUACCAGCAGGCAGUAAUAAUGAUAUGAGAAAAUCAGAUGAUGAUAUUGGUGAUGUUGUUGCUAAAGAAUAUUUGCCAACAGAGGCAGCUGAAUCCAACAGCAACGUUUGUGAUUUGAUUCAAUCUAACAAUUCCAACUUGAGUGCUCAUAGUUUAGUUGAAAAAAAUAUUGAAAAUAAAUUUAAUUAUUGUGAAAAUCUAAACUUAGCUUUAGACAAAAAUGAUGCAGCUCAGUUUUAUGGACGAAUAUUGAAAAGACCUGAAAUAACAACAUGCCUGGCACUUGGUGUAUAUCAAUCAAAUGACUAUUCCUAUCCUGUUACUGAUGGUCGCAGUUUCCAAAAAGAAUGGUUUGAAUGUGUAAUGCCAGAUGGCUCAAAAUGUUCAGUUGUAUGGACAACAUCAGGUUUUAAUAAUUGGCAUAAUGGUUUGCGGGAUAUCAUUUGUCAUGAAGUAAGUGCAGAGCAUCGCGAAGCUGAUAUUGCAAAAAUAAAUUGGAAAAGAGGAUUGGCCGUAGAUGUCUUCAUCGAGAGAAAUAGAAAAGAUAUAAUUUAA